UAACUUUCUCAAGUAUCAGAAAACAUUUCUUGUCUCGGGAUCCCAUGUAUGGAUACUUUAUUAUUGGUGUCUGGCGGUGAAUCGAAGGCGCAACUGGAAAUAACCGUUAACUUGAUGCGUGGAUCAUUCGGACUGACUGUCGCUUGUCUGUCUUCUAACUGAGGGGUGAUGUCUGAGGAAAUGACCGGGGAAGAGUCGAGCUCCCCAGGCUCUCCACUAGACAGUCUCAGCAACAGUGAGGGGGAACUGGAUAGGCAACCGAAGAGAUGUGGGAGGAAAAGGACAUCAAGCAGGAAAAACGGGGAGGAUUCAGAUAGCCCUACCCCUGGGAAAAGAGGGAAAAAGUCAAGCAGCAGCAGUCCACAUUCUUUCGAAGACCUACAGACGCAACGAGUCAUGGCGAACGUGCGCGAGCGGCAGAGGACGCAGUCACUCAACGAAGCUUUCUCGUCUUUGCGGAAAAUUAUCCCCACUUUGCCUUCAGACAAACUGAGCAAAAUACAAACCUUAAAACUUGCUGCCAGGUACAUCGAUUUCCUGUACCAAGUUCUGCAGAGCGAUGAAUUGGACUCCAAAAUGGCAAGUUGUAGUUAUGUGGCUCAUGAGAGAUUAAGCUAUGCGUUUUCUGUAUGGAGGAUGGAGGGCGCUUGGUCCAUGUCAGCAUCUCACUAGCUCACGGCCGAAGAGCUGUAGUCCAAAAUG